GGCAUGGCUGCAGCCGUAUGGACCGGACGAGGACGCAGGUCCGCGGCUGUCGUGAACACGGUGAUCCGGUCUAGAUCUGGAUCCAGCGGGACAGCUUUAAAAUCCCAGUACGAUGCGCUGGUCAUCGGCGGAGGACACAAUGGACUGGUGGCGGCUGCCUAUCUCCAGAAGGGAGGCCUGAAGACAGCAGUGCUGGAGCGCAGAUAUGUGCUGGGAGGAGCAGCUGUUUCCGAGGAGAUCAUUCCUGGCUUCCGGUUCUCCAGAUGUUCCUAUUUGCUCAGUUUGUUACGACCCCACAUAUACAAAGACUUAGAGCUCAAGAAACAUGGGCUGAGGGUGUAUUUGAGAGACCCCCAUGCGUUCACCCCCAUGCUGGAGGAAGGGGUGCGCGGUGCUCCACCAAGGUCUCUCACCUUGGGCUCUGAUUUGGCCAUGAACCAGAGGGAGAUAAGCAAGUUCUCACACAAGGAUGCUAAGGCUUUCCCAGCUUAUGUUGCACACCUUGAGAAGCUAGCAGAAGCUAUUCACCCUCUCUUGGAUGCUCCUCCUGUAAACAUUCCAGGUGUUACCACUGGCUCACUGAGGAGGAGACUGGCUGCAGCUAAAACACUGAUGCCUAUUGUCAAAUGUGGUUUGAAAUUGGGAAAAAACAUUCCAGACUUUUAUGAGAUUAUCACUGCACCAAUAAUGAAGAUCCUCAAUCAGUGGUUUGAGUCUGAACCACUCAAAGCAACACUGGCAACUGAUGCUGUGAUCGGUGCUAUGACCAGUCCAAAUAACCCUGGCAGUGGUUAUGUGCUCCUACAUCAUGUAAUGGGAGAGCUGGAAAAUGAGAAAGGAGCUUGGGGUUAUGUAGAGGGAGGCAUGGGAGGAGUGUCUCAGGCUAUUGCCAGAGCAGCUCGAUCCUAUGGUGUAGACAUUUUCACUGAGAAGGAUGUAAAACAAGUCCUGGUGGAUUCAGAUAGAGUGGCUAAAGGAGUGGUGCUGAAUGAUGGCACAGAGAUCCACAGUAGAGUUGUUUUAUCAAAUGCUACACCACACGUCACAUACAAGCACCUUGUGCCCCAGGCUGCCCUUUCCCCAGAGUUCAUCAGAGCCACAGAUCAGAUAGACUACACCUCACCAGUUACAAAGCUCAACGUGGCCGUGGACAAGCUACCAAACUUCCUAGCUUCUCCCACACCAGACAAUAAAGCAGGACCCCACCAUCAGUGCUCCAUUCAUCUCAACUGUGAAAGUGUAGAAUUCCUGGAGGCUGCAUACAAAGAGGCCAUGAAUGGACGCCCAUCUGUGAGACCUAUGUUGGAGAUGACCAUCCCUUCUGUUUUGGACCCUACUCUGGCUCCACCUGGCUGCCACGUGGUGUCGUUGUUCACCCAGUUCACUCCCUACCACAUAGAGGGCAGGGAAUGGACUGAGCAGGACCGGGAGGCCUUUGCUGACACUGUUUUUGACUGGGUGGAGCAAUAUGCACCUGGGUUUAAAAACUCAGUUGUAGGAAGGGAUAUUCUGGUUCCACCUGACCUGGAGAGGAUCUUUGGGCUCACUGGAGGGAAUAUCUUUCAUGGAUCAAUGUCACUGGACCAGCUCUAUUUGGCAAGACCUUUACCCUGUCUGUCAGACUACCGCUCACCAGUUAAAGGGCUAUAUCUGUGUGGAAGUGGCUCUCAUCCAGGUGGUGGAGUUAUGGGUUCCCCUGGCUGGAACGCUGCACUUGCUGUCAUGGCUGACCUGAAACGUCGCUAACCAACCAACAGCAUCAGCCUGUGAACAACUCAGCACUAAUCAAGACAUCUGAGCUGGUGGAAAAAUCACUAUUACCAAUACAAACAUUAAAUUGCAUGUUUAGAAUAAGUGAUUGCUUAUACAAUUAAAACAAAUACAACUCAAAGCACACACAAAGUAACUGUGUAUGAAUAAAUUUAAGUACGUGUUUCAUUUUCAUAAAUUUGA